AUGAUUCAGCUCAAGACGAUGCUCAACUGCAUCGACAACUCUGGCGCUGCGCUUGUCGAAUGCGCCCUGAUUGUCGGCCAGAAGCGCCACGCCCGAAUCGGUGACCGCAUCAUCGUCGUCGUCCAGGAACAACGAGGCGCCUCCUCCUCCGGCAUGGCCGGCAUCUCGGCCGCCGCCAAAGUCAAGCGCGGCGACAUCCGCCACGCCGUCGUCGUGCGCACCCGGUACCCCAUGCAAAGACGCGACGGCUCCGUCGUCCGCUUCGACGACAACGCCUGCGUGCUGCUCAACAAGUCCGGCGACCCGGUCGGAUCGCGAAUCAACGGCGUCGUCGGCGCCGAGCUCAAGAGGAAGAAGUGGAGCAAGAUCCUGUCCAUGGCCCCGAUGCAGGCCUAG